GGACGCAUUUCAGCCGUUCGUGUGAUGCGUUUUCGUCGUUCUGAAUUCGAGGCCUUUUUGUGCCCAUACGAAGGUCGUACUGGUCCGAUACUGCAUAGGAAAACGUUCGGGUUCUCCCCACCUUCAUAUAUAACCACGGAGGAAAAUGGGGCGAAAAUUCCUCGAGCACAUGGGAGGUUCGAGAAUAUUCGCCUGCGCAGCGUGCGAUACGAUGCUGACGAACCGCCAGGAACUAAUAUCCACGAGGUUCACAGGGGCCACUGGAAGAGCCUUUCUGUUUAACCGAGUCGUUAAUCUCCGCUACAGUGAUGUCCAGGACAGGCUGAUGUUGACAGGGCGACAUAUGGUUCGGGAUGUGAUGUGUAAGAACUGCGAUGCCAAGCUGGGCUGGAUUUAUGAGUUCGCUACGGAUGAGGCCCAACGCUACAAAGAAGGGAAGGUAAUUCUGGAGAGGGCUUUGGUCACUGAGAACGGCGGAAUCGGAGAUCGGGACGCCCCCGCCCAUUCGUAACAGUAGAUGUCGAGUAUCCGGCGAAUCGUAAGGAAUUUUGGUAGCGCUUCAAUCAAACAAUCAGUCGAACCAUCAACCGAGCGAAAUAAUCAAAGAACCGACUGCAAACCUACGCUGAAAAAUCUCACAUCGAGUCUUCAUCUCCGCGAAAAAUCGUAUUUUCUACUCCGAUUCAUCAUCAUGGUCCGUUGACGAUGCUAUUCGUUCGUCUGCCUUCGGGUUACAUUCCCCGAAGUUCCGUAUCAAAUUCUCUGACUGCGACAAGUCGACUGGGACUAGGAUUGCUUCGGAACAUGGAUUCAUCUCCACAUUUGGCGAGAACCUCCCGCAAAAAACCGAGUGCAUUUUGCCGAUGUUGUUUCAACGAACAAAUCAAGCAUGAAUUCACCACUUGUUUCUGGCGCGAUGCAUAGGAGAGAUCGAGCAGAACGCUCAGAGAUCGGGAUUCCCGAUUUCCGAACGGGAGCGUGUUGGCUGAAAGGCGCUUCAUAGGUAAGCGUCUGAGCUAAGGAGGAGCGGGACGACGGAGUGAGAGCUCCGUUCGUCUCUCUUUCAAGCAGUGAGCGGGUCGAAGUGUCUGAGCUAGACGCGAAUUUGAUUUCAUUCGAAACGUCCAACUUUUUCGAGUGCGUAUUGGCAUGACCGUAACGCGAAAUUCCGAACCGAAACACGCCUUGGCCCUUUGAGGCAGUCAGGUUAGGCAAGCGUGCCUGUCCUCAUUCGACGGAGAGUGGAGGAACGCCUCACGACGGUCUUGUCAAUCCGGAUUCAACGGAUGUCCUUCCAGCUGAGUAGCCAAAAAAAACAGAGAGGUUCUCGACUCAUUUGGAGGAGUUGGAAAAACAAGAGUCCGGACUUCAUGGAUCUCAAUGUGUCGAAUCAGGGGAUGAAGCUUUGCUGUGGAAUGGAAAAGUGAUCGAUUAUCAUCUGUGAUUAUUCAUUGGACACCCGACCGCCACCCGUUAUUAGGAGCCGCUCUCGGAGCACUAUUACAUAUUGAAGCUGGUCUGACUGUGCUUGUUCGUAUUCUUCAUGAAACCAGACGAUCUGCUCUGUGCAGACGGCUAGAUCCUCGCGUGAAUGAUGAGGCAACUAAAAUCGAUAAGAUGGAGAAGAAUGAUUGAUCGAUGUGCGUUAUGGAUUGUCCCGAGGCGGCCGGGAUAAUGAGGCCGAGCUCGGUUGGGGAGCCGAUUUUCAGGACCGGGUCACUCACAGAAUGCGACCGUUUCCAAGUUUCUAGGCAGAGUUUCGAUGCGCUAGAGUGUGAUAGUGUUGUUAGCCAUGACGGCGAAGCUGCGGCAGAGGUAAAAAUGGAACAGCAAUGACCACAAUGAUGUAAACGUCGACACCGAGGGCGAUGGGAGGGCGGAAAGACUGUGAACGGUUGUUCGUCGUCCCAAACCCGCACUGAUAGGUUGACAGCGACACGAGCGGAAUUCGGACUGCGAAACUCCUGAAAAAGAAAGCUCCUGACAAUUUGGAUUGCGAUUCGCUUGGGUUCGCGUUCCGUGUUCGCGUCGCCUAUCACUCUUUCAUGCAGGGGUCCGAACGAUUCUGGCACCAAGCCUUCGUCGUGAAGAUCUCCGUCCGCAGGAGCGAAGUACGCGUGCUGUUCGUUUAUUCAAUCGUGUGAGUGCGCCCUGCAGAUUCAUAUAUAGCCUACCACACUACUGAUAUAUUCCUCGAACUCUCGCGCGUCCGGGUCACGAAAAUCCUCCCGCGUCUACAUGCGCGAGACACAGUUUUCAUUAUUUGUAAACCGUAUACCCUUUCGAUAUCCCUAUGAUUGGCCCACGUCACCGACCUCUGGGCACGAAUGAAGUCGAUGGCAAGGCGAAUUCCUUCUCCGUUCUCGAAGUGUGGGAUAAAUCCUAAGUCUAAGGAAUCAUUUUCCUCCAUUACCCUCUUGAAAAUCGUUUGUGACCAUUCUGUGAGCCAUCGAUUUCACGUAGAUUUACCCAACUUGUAACCAUGAGUUAUGAUGAUUAUCAUGAUAAUCCACAUGGAAUGCGUUCUUUAAUCCCAGUCAAGCCUGGUAAAAAAUUCCUCGAUUCGAUCGGAGAUCAUCAGUCUAUAUUUAGCCGUAAAAGGGAUUGAUUGGCCCUACGAAUUGGAGAAUGAGGACAUUCUCGCUCGAUUCUCGACUCCACUAUGUUCAAACCUUAUGCUUUUUGUCCAAUGGUUGUGUACUGCAACCUCGCCGAUAAUCACCUAUGUUAUAUCAAUGUGAAAUAAAUAAAUGCCAUGCACGGAAGACACGAGAAACCG